GUGUCUGUGUGUGUGUAGGUAUGCAGUCACACCCUCCCUUAUAAGUUCAUUACUAAGGUUUCUUUUAACAAUCAGCAGAGAGAGAGAGAGUCUAAAAAAAUCAUUAUAGAGGAAAAAGAGAGAAGCGGAGGAGAAACUGCAAACUGAAAUUGGAUUUCUGGUUGUAAAGAGGAGCAUCGGAAAGAGAUUUAACUGCGGUUGUGUGUCGAUGGCCAGGAUUGGAGCAGGUUCAACUUCAUUCCACAGUGAAGACUUAAUGUCCAUCUAUACCAUGUCCAUUCCUGUGGACUUUCUGUCUGAGGAGCAGUUCUCCUGCUCCAUUUGCCUGGAUGUGUUCACCAACCCCGUAUCUACACCAUGUGGCCACAGCUUCUGCCUGUCCUGCAUCACGUCAUACUGGGAUAGCCGGGGCAAGAACUGCAUCUGUCCACUGUGCAAGGAGAGCUUCCGCAAACGUCCUGAGCUCCACAUCAAUCACACGCUCAAGGAGAUCACAGAGCAGUUCAAGUGCAUGGCUGAGUGCUCUAAAAGCUCUGGGAUCUCCACCAGUACCCAAGCUGCAAGCUCUCACUCUCCUCGUACCUCGGAUAGAAAGACUGCUACAUCACCUCGACCUGGAGAGCUUCCCGGAGGACUGCUAAAGGAAAUGAAGAGCAGGUUCCAAAGGACAUCGUCUAGCGGGAACUUGUUGGAAGUGGCAGCGCCAUCUUCACCACCACCUCCAUAUGAGGCCAGCAGGAGGAGGUUCAGCGCGAGCGGGUUUGGCCCAGCGAGUUCCACCGCACCACAGUGUAUCAAGCAUGGACUUCACCUGGAUAUGUUCUGCAGAAAUGACCAGACAUGUGUGUGUGCGAUGUGUGCUGAGGGAGACCAUCAUGGCCACUCUGUGGUGCCGGCCCGGCGUGAGAUGACCGUUAAGAAGUCUGAGCUGGGGAUCAUGGAGGCGGAAGUGCAGAAUUUAAUCACAACCAGAGAGAAGAAGAUUGAGGAGAUUCAGAUGUCACUUACAGACAUACAAGCCAACGCACAGCAGGAGGUGGAGAUCACGGUGAGCCUGUUCCGUGCCUUGGUUAAUUCCUUGGACAGAGCUCAGGCAGAGGUGUUGGAGGUCGUGGAGAUGGGUCGUGCUGCUGCGGAACUUCGCUCACAGGCCUUGAUCCGGGACCUUCAGCUGGAGAUCAGUGAACUAAGGAAGAGGAGCAGCACACUGUCUCAGCUCUCUCAGUCUAAUGACCACUUCAGCUUCUUCAAGACGUAUUCGUCUCUCUCUACCGCCCAACCCGAGAAAAGCCUGACCGAAUUGACUUUGACCCCUGAACCCACAACUGGCAUGGUCCUUAAAAACGUCACUCAGAUGGUGGAUAAGGUCCAGGAGGACCUGAGGAAGCUUCCACAGAUGUGUUUGUAUUCUGCGGCAGAAUCACCUGUAAAACAACAAUCUCGACUUUGGAAGAUGCAGGACCAUGCAUUGAACGUGACUCUGGAUCGAGACUCUGCCCACCCGAGACUGAUGAUCUCUGAUGACCUUAAGCAGGUGUACUGCAGUGAUCGUUAUAACGCCGUGAUGGACACGCCCGAACGCUUCGACCGUGUGGUGUGUGUGCUCGGCAGCCAGGGCUUCAGCUCAGGACGUCACUACUGGGAGGUCCACGUGGGUGAGAAGACAGACUGGGACGUAGGCGUUGUUAAUCGCUCGAGCAACCGCAAGGGGAAGAUCUCGGUCAGUCCGGCUAACGGCUACUGGCUCCUGAGUCUGCGGGACCAGCACGAAUACGCCUUCCGUUCCAGUCCGCUGAUUCCGAUUUACCUGAACCCCAAACCUCAGAGGGUUGGGAUUUACAUCGACUAUGAAAAAGGACAAGUGUCUUUCUAUAACGCUGACACCAUGACACUUAUUUUCAGUAACGUUUACUUCUUUACCGAAACCUUAUAUCCAUGUUUCAGUCCCUGCACCAACAAAUCUGGCAAAAACAAGGCUCCUUUAGUCAUUUAUUCCAUCGCUCCGUCUGAAUGAAUGUCACUGACCAUCUUCAUGAACUUGAGAGUGAGAAAUGGACAGCGGUACGUUGUAUAAGCGAGCUAUAUUAGAUAGCUCAGAUGAAGUGGAUUUGUUCUGUCAAGUGUUUUUAUUUAUCACAUCAGAAUUCCUUGUUGUUAGUGACGAUCUUAAGGAACUUGCUAGCUAAGCGUACCUUGUUGUCUGUAGAUAGUUUUUCCUGUGCUGCCAUAGUCCAGCUCUGCAUGCUGAGAUGUUCCGCAGCCGCUAUGAGAUGUGUAGAGAGGACAUGGAGUGUCUCUGCUCUCUAUGCUCACAGUGAAAUACUCUCUCACUUCUGACUGAUCCGGUGCUUCGUGCUCACAGUGACGGAAGUUCACGUUCACGUACGACUUUGUGUGCUGAGGUCCUCAAUAUUAACAUUUAAACAGGUUUCUUUCUGUCACGCUGUAUCGCUGUAGUCAGGUAUGGGAGUACAAUAUCUAGGAAAAGUUGCAUUUUUUGGAAAUUAGUUUUCAUUAAAAGAGACCUCUUUGUGUGUGUGUGUGUGUGUGUGUGUGUGUGUGUGUGUGUGUGUGUGUGUGUGUGUGAAUAACAUUUUAUUGUAUUUUACAACUAUAAGAUGCUUCACUAUCUCUACCUUCUGUUGUAUCUCACUUUUCUAAAUAUAUAUAAAAUUUAAU